GAUUGUUACGUCUCCAGCCCGCGCCACGCUGUCUCCGCCUGCAGCUGAGAUGUGUCUGUUGUUAGCUGUUAGCUUGUUUCAGAGCGAGUGUGAGUGAACGGGACUGACGGACCCAUCGAAACACCGCGCGACCAGUGAGGAUUUGCAGACAUGGGGGCUCUGAUAUCCCGGUGGAAGGCAAAGCCGACCACAGUGGAGCAGCUUGAGAACCUAGACAAGGAGAUAAAAGAGCUGGAGGAGUUUAGAGCCAAAAACCAACGUCUGGAAAAGCUGUGGGUCGGCCGGCUGCUUUUGUACUCGUCAGUCCUCUACCUGUUGACGUCUCUGGUGGUUUACUUCCUCUACCUGCCUGAACAAUGGUUGCAGAGAGUGGCCAUGGCCCUGCCUUUCUUCUUAUACCCUGUGCUAGUGUGGCUCAUCAGGAAGUUAUUGAUUUUCCUAUUUUCCAAACGCACUGAGAGAAACAAUGAUAAACUAGAAGACUUAAAGGUUUCCAAGAAAAAGAUUCUGGAGGACGUGAUGGAAACGGAGACAUAUAAAAAUGCCAAAAUCAUCCUGGAGCGCUUUGAUCCAGAAGCUCAGAGGAAGGCUGAGCUGGAGUCGACCCCAGUGCGUCCUCAGAUGACUCCCAGGCCAGGACAAGAGAUUAGACAAAGAGGCGUGCCAAUGAGACCCAUGCCGAUGGGUACCCCAGGUCCCAUGGCGAUGACGCCCCCACCUGGAGCACGGCCCCCAUUCGGACCCGGGGGCACACCUGUGGAACCUGUCCUUCUCUCAGCUCCAGGAGGACCACCAGAGAGAUCUGCUUUGUCUGCCUCAGUCCUGCAGGGGGCAGUACCAAGGACACCCUGCUCUCCUAUACCAGGAGUAGGCAUGCACCCUCCAGGUCCUCCAUUAGCAAGACCGGUUCUACCCAGAGACAGAGGAGCUGUGGAUAGAGUCAUCGAGUACCUGGUGGGGGACGGACCGCAGAACAGAUACGCAUUGAUCUGCCAGCAGUGUUUCUCUCAUAAUGGCAUGGCUCUGAAAGAAGAGUUUGAAUACCUGGCAUUUCGUUGCGUGUAUUGCUACUUCCUGAAUCCGGCCAGGAAGACGCGUCCUCAGGCUCCGCGGCUUCCAGAGUUCAGCUACGAGAGGAAGCUGCGAGCAGAGUCACGCUCCCCUGGACCAGCACCACGUUCUGGGACUGACACAGAGGAGAGUGCGCCACCCUCUGGAGCCAAAGCUCCGGCUCCGUGGAAUCUGGUCCACAGUUUCCAGAUCCGGUCGAGUCCAAAGAACCCUCAGAGCCGACCUCUGCAGAGUCCAGAUGAGAAAGAGAUGGGAGAAGAUGAAGCAUCCUCUAAAGAAGAAGUAUUGAGUGAGAGCCAGUCGCAGGAGGAGCUGUGUCAGGGGGAGGAGCUGCGUCAGGAGGAGCUGCGUCUGGAGGAGGAAGAAGAAGUCGUUCAUGAGGAGGAGGAGGUGGAGGGGGAAUCGAACCAGCGUCACAGCGCUCCCUGUGAGGCAGAACCUCAGCCGUCAUAGCUGCAGAGAGUCCAGACGAGUGUGAUCUCUCUAAACGAUGGCCAUGAUUGACAGGUUGCAUUUUAAAGCAGUAAAAUUAGACUUUUACAGCUUUAGUUUAACCUGCAACUUAAACUUUUUGUUUUGCAGCUUUUAGUUCCCACCUGGGUUUUUUUUUUUGCCCAAGUUUGGAAAUGUCACCAUCAAAUUAUCACAGCUAAUAUUGAAUUUGUUCAACAAUAUUGCCUAAAAUCAUCUUAUGUCAUAUCGUGGCCUGAACAGUUUGACUGGGCGGUGGAUGAUUGUAGUUUUUAUCCGAAGGCUGUUUCUUGAUAAAGUAGCUGGUUUGUAGUUUUGCUCUGUAUUUUGUUACGAGGUAAUGAACUGACUUAGUUUUAACAUUUUAACAUUCACACAGGUUUUUAUGAAGUAGUUUGCUGCUAUAAGAUGUGUUGAUGAAGAGUUUAGAUCAAACUGCUGCUUCACUAAGGGUCUGUCUUCAGAUGCUCAAACCUCUUGAGUUGGUUGUUUAUCUUUUGGCGCCACUGGUCUGAUUACUGCAUAUUUUACAAAAUAUACUUGUUUGUUUUCACACGAAUCAUAUGUGGUGUUCGUUUGGUGCAUUUUAAGACAAACCUUUAUUGAAUCAGAACGUCCCUGUUUGUGUUUACGCCACUAAGUGUCAGGGUUCUGCUGUGGCUUUCUUCCACUCCUAGUUUUAAUCUCCUUUAAGCUUUUAACCUAAUGCUGAAACAUAGAGGGAAACUUAACGAAGCACUGAUGCAUGUUAGCAAUUUAUUUAUGCGUUCCUGUACGUGGUAAUGCUGUUACCCAGCUCGCUGUGCUGAUCACUGUGCUCCACACAAUAACUGAACUCAGAUCAGCCCUUGGUAGCAUAAGAGAGGACUUGUAACAAGGGGGGAGACGCACUUAUGUCAGGUUUGUCUUCCCUGGAUAGAAAUAUGUUGAUUAUUCAAAUUUUAGUUUUUCCUCAUCAAUCGUUUUUGUCGUUGAUUUUCUUUACGCCUGAGCUAAUUUAAAACCUUGAGGAUUUUAUUUGUGUUUUUGAGCAACAGCAAAACAAGCGAUAAACACAUCAAGUUGUCACCACAACUGCCAAUUUAUCUCCGUCUCACUAUCAUUUGCCAAAUGCACUGUUGCUUUAUCUGAAUCUGACAUAAUUUGCACUGAAUUUCGCUUUUUAUUUAUUCGGCCGUAUUUUGUUUUAAUCUAUAUUUCCAUUUUUGCUGUAUUCGGCUUCAGCCUCCUUUGGCUUUCAGUAUUGAUUCUUUGUGCGUACAUUCAUUGAAGAGUGUUAAAUGUGCCAUCACACUGCUGGUGCCUUGGUUGCUGCUGGUAUAUUUUUUAUUUCACAGUGUAAUCUGUCCAACUUCUAACUGCUGUAACAAAACACAACGCGUCGAGAACUAGAUCGUGUUCACAAUUUGUUCUUGUUAUUAAAGCAACACAAUAUAA